CAUGGCCUGCUCCCCGCCGAGCCUCCAUCACUACCACCACCACCCACACACCAGCACUCGGCUCGCGGCAUCGCAGCCUGACCAUGUUCGACUCAUUCUUCGCCCGCGUCGGCGAGGCGGCCGCCACGCCGCCCGACUACAUCAAGCUCUUCACGCUGCUCAUCGUCGCCUACCCGCUGGCAUACCCGCUUCCGGGCCUGCCGCCGCACGUCAAGCAUGCGUUCAGCAUCGCCACGUCGUUCCUCUUCCUCUUUGGCAUCCUCAACCUGCGCGCCGGCUACGCGCAGCUGCUCGCCACGGCGCUCGCCACGUACGCCCUGGCGCGCUUCCGCGUCGGCGGCGCCAACAUGCCGUGGAUCGUGUUUGGCGUGCAGAUGGGCCACCUGACCGUCAACCACCUCGUGCGCGCGUUCGGCGACAUUCCCCUCACCACCAUCGAGAUCACGGCCGCGCAGAUGGUGCUCUGCAUGAAUCUCACGUCGUUUGCGUGGAGUGUGCACGACGGCCGCCGUCCCGCCGAGGAGUGCGACGCCCAGCAGAAGGAGCACCGCAUCACCGAGUUCCCCGACCUGCUCGAGUUCCUCGGCUAUGCCUUCUUCUUCCCCGGCGUGCUCAUCGGGCCCUCGACGCGCUUCGUCGACUACCGCGCCUGGUCGCGCAACACGCUCUACGGCGGCUCGUCGUCGGCGGCGCCGCGCACGCCGCCCAAGGGCCGCGUGCGCGCCGCCAUCACCGAGCUCGUGCUCGGCUUUGCGUUCAUGGGCGUGUGGGCCGUGCUCGCGGCAGACUACAACUACGAGGCGCUGCUGCUGCCCAAGGGCGAGCCCGGCAGCGCGCUCGACCGCAGCCUGCUGAGCCGCAUCUGGAUCACGAACGUCGCCGGCCUGGUCGCGCGCACCAAGUACUAUGGCAUCUGGGGCCUGGCCAACGGUGCCUGCGUGCUCUCGGGCCUGGCGUACAACGGCCUUGCGCCGGCGGCGAAGGGUGCGGCGUCGGACGAGGCAUCGCGCUCGCGCUGGGACCGCUGCCGCAACAUCGACCCCGUCAAGAUUGAGUUCGCCAACAACUGGAAGGAGCUGCUCGAUGCGUGGAACAUGAACACGAACGUCUGGCUGCGCAACUGCGUCUACAAGCGCGUCGCCAAGCCCGGCAAGAAGCCCGGCUUCAAGAGCACGAUGCUGACGUUUAUGACGAGCGCGUUCUGGCACGGCGUCGCGCCGGGCUACUACCUCACCUUUGUGCUCGGUGGCCUCGCGCAGUCGGUCGGCCGCACGCUGCGCAAGCACCUGCGCCCGAUCGUCUUCCGCGACCCGCGUGCGCCGAACCCCUCCUUCGGCACGCUCUUCACAUACACGCCCGCGCAGCUCGUGUAUUGCGGCCUCUCGAUCGUCGCCGUGCAGCUGAGCGUCAACUUCACGGUGCUGCCGUUCAUGCUGCUCGGCGUGCGCGACUCGCUCGCCGGCUGGCACGCGCUGGGCUACUACGGCCUCGUCGUCGUCGUCGCGCUCAUGGCUGCGUUCCGCGCGGGCCUCGGCGUGCACCUCGACCGCGCCAGCGGCGUGGCGCAGCAGAAGAAGGCGGACAAGAAGCUUGCGGGGCUGAGCGAGCAGGGCAAGGCCAACAUGCAGAUGCCCGACGUGGUCAGCAGCCUGGCCAGCGAGGCGAAGAAGGAGCUGUGAGGGCGGAGCGUGCCCAUGCCGUGGCCAUAGAGUUGCCGUGUAAUACAACUGCCAUGCGAAGCUGC